AUGGCCUCCUACGCCCUUCACGUCGAGACGCCGCUCGCAUCGGUGCAGCCCGUCACCCUCUCGUGGACGCACCUUGAGCUUCAAGUAGCAACCAAGGUCGAGCCAAAAUUGAUCUUGCACAAGCAGUCGGGCGUCGCCAAGCCUGGAGAACUCCUCGUGAUCAUGGGUCCGUCGGGUGCCGGGAAGAGCUCGCUUCUGGACGUCCUCGCGGGCCGCCAGCCGCGCUACACGGGCGACAUCCGCGUCAACGGCCAGCCCUACACCAAAGCGUCCAUACGCCAACACACGUCGUACAUUAUGCAAACCGACGCCUUCUACCCGUCGCUCACGGUUCUGGAGCACCUUCUCUUCCAAGCGCAGCUGCGCACGCGCUGGUCGCCGGACGUGCGCCACGCCCGCGUGCUCUCGGUCCUCGAUGCCAUGGGCCUCUCGAAAUGCCGGGACACGCAGAUUGGCGACGACCACCGCAUUCGCGGGAUCUCGGGCGGCGAGCGUAAGCGCCUGAGCAUUGCGUCCGAGCUACUCACAAACCCGUCGCUGCUCUUUGUCGACGAGCCCACGUCGGGUCUCGACAGCUUCAUGGCCGAGUCGGUCGUGGCGCAACUCCAAGCCCUUGCCCGAGCGGGCCGCACGGUUGUCGCGACCAUCCACCAGCCAUCGGCCGAGGUCUUUGCAGCCUUUGACACGCUCUACCUGUUAUCCAACGGAUCACCCGUCUACGUGGGGCCUGCGGCGUCGGCCAAGGAGUAUUUUGCGUCCGUCGGGCACGUCUGCCCCAUGUAUGUCAACCCAACCGACUACUUUAUGCGCGAACUCAUGCUCGCCGAGCGGGCGCCGACCAACAACCUCGUGGCUGUGUGGCGUAGUGCCACGUAUGUCUCGGACGCCAGCGACGCGGCGCCACUGACAGAGCGAGAAGGCGUUGCUUUGCCACGCCUUUUCGCCGUGCUCUGUCGACGCAACGUCCUUCGCAUCCUUCGCGACAAGAUGGCGUUCCGGGCCAAGGUGGCUCAGAACUUGUUUGUGUCUAUGGUCGUGGGCUUGAUCUACUGGCAGCUGCCACUGACGCAGCUCGGAAUUCAGUCGUUCACGGGCGUCCUCUUCUUCAUCGUGAUCCACCAGUUCUUUGGCAUGGCCGCGCCCGAGUUUGCCGCCGUCGCGCUCGAGCUGCCCAUCAUGGUGCGCGAGUUUCGAAGUGGUUUGUACCCGUCGUACGUUUGGUAUUGCGCCAAGAAUGCCAGUGAGCUCGGCCUCCAAGUCCUCUUCCCACUUGUGUUUUUGCUGCCCGCGUAUUUCAUGGUCGGGUUCCCGCUCUCGCUCGUCGUCUGGAGCUCGUUCUACCUCUUUUUGGCGCUGCUCGGGUCGGCGGCCACGGGCCUCGGCUACAUGGUGUCCUGCGUCGUCCAGCGGCCCGAAAUUGCGCCGGUCGUUGGCAUCAUGGUGCUCCUCCCGUUCCUCAUCUUUGGCGGCCUCUUCCUCAACGCGGCCAUGACGCCUGUCUACUUCAAGUGGCUCGAGGUCAUUUCGCCCAUGAAGUACGCGUUCCGAGGCCUUAGCCGCGCCUUCUGGUCCCAUAUCGCGUUUAUUCCAUGCGAGACCAGCUGCAUUGCUCGAGACGGCGCCACCGUCUUGGCCAACAUGAGCUUGGACGGCGGGUCGUUGUACGGCGAUGCGCUCCUCCUCGUCGCUAUCAACGUGCUCUUCCGUGUCCUCGGCGGGCUCUUCCUUGCACUGCGACUUGGAGGCCAGCAAUAAUCACCAUUAUUGUUAUCUUAAUAAGAUGAAAUCCAUGUACAUGCUGAC